GCUGGCCGGUCAUUGGGCGGCGUGAUCUCGCCGCGGUUCAGCGGCCCUGCCGCCAAAGCCGCCACCGCCGCAAGCAGAGCGCACCGGACGGGCCCGGCGAGUGGCCAUGGCGGACGCCCAGGACGCGCCGGGCCAGCAGCCGGAGCUGGACGAGGACGAAGCGACGUACUGCAGGCGCUGGGGUGCGCAGCACGCCGGGGCCCGCGAGCUGGCCGCGCUCUACUCUCCAGGCAAGCGCUUCCAGGAGUGGUGCUGCGUAGUCCUGUGCUUCAGCCUCAUUGCCCACAACCUGCUGUACCUGCUGCUGCUGGCCCGCUGGGAGCACACACCCCUCGUCAUCCUGGGUGUCGUCGCAGGAGCGCUCAUCGCUGACUUCCUGUCCGGUAUGGUGCACUGGGGUGCCGACACGUGGGGCUCUGUGGAGCUGCCCAUUGCUUUCAUCCGGCCAUUCCGGGAGCACCACAUCGACCCAACAGCCAUCACACGACAUGACUUCAUCGAGACCAAUGGGGACAACUGCCUGGUGACGCUGCUGCCCCUACUAAACAUGGCCUACAAGUUCCGCACCCAGAGCUUCGAGGCCCUGGAGCAGCUGUACCCCUGGGAGUGCUUCGUCUUCUGCCUCAUCAUCUUCGGAACCUUUACCAACCAGAUCCACAAGUGGUCGCACACGCACCUUGGGCUGCCACGCUGGGUCACCCUCCUGCAGGACUGGCACAUCAUCCUGCCACGGAAACACCAUCGUAUCCACCACGUCUCACCACACGAGACCUACUUCUGCAUCACCACAGGCUGGCUCAACUACCCCCUAGAGAAGAUACGCUUCUGGCGACGCCUGGAAGACCUCAUCCAGGCGCUGACGGGCGAGAAGCCACGGGCAGACGACAUGAAAUGGGCCCAGAAGAUCAAGUAACUUCUCUGAGCUGCCAUCCGGCUGCCAACCUCCCCCAGCCCCUGAACCGAAGCCAUCUGCCAAACUCCAGCCUCCUCCACCGGCCCCCUGCCCUCUCCCCCCAGGUGGAGAGACACCUCCUGGGCUGGCCCGGGCACUCCCAGCCCCUCCCUCAUGACACAGAAUACUUGAGCCACUGAUUUUCGUUUCCUUUCUCGUUUCCUUUCCUUGGCCCCUACCCAGCCACUUGAGCUGCACUGUUGGCCAAGCCCGGCUCUGCCAGAAAGGGAGGAGCCCUAUGUCCGCCAGGCAACCUGCAAGUGUGGCUGACACUGGGAUCACCCCAAUCCUCCACUCUGUCUGCUUCAAGGGGUACAGGGAACCCCGAAGCACACCCGUGUGUCCCCAGAGGCCUAAGCGGGGUGGGGUGAGGUAGGGGGAUGGACAGCCACCAUCCUGAGCACAGCUUGGCCACAUAGGGACAGACAGGACUCUGGGCAGGCUGCAGAGAGAGGACCCUGUGGGGAGAAGCCACAGUCUCCUGUCUGAGAGCCCCUCUUCCCCUCCCCCAUUGCCCUCUGCCACCUGACUUCUGGGACUCCAGCCAGAACCAAGUUUUCGAAGAUGAUGUGUCCACAGGGCACAGCUGCCACAACGAAUCUCGGUCCUAUGGCCAGGGGACGGUGGCGUUCUCUCACCAGGUGUGUUAGGAAGAGUGGCGAGUUUGGGGGAAAUUUUUUGUUUUUUUUUGUUUUUUUUUAAAGGUGCUUGCUUGUUUAAUGUAAAUAAUAGAAAGCCUUAAUAUCUUUUCUGUAACACGGAGUAAUAUUUUACUGUCAUGUUUUGGAUGUACAUAAUAUAUUUAUAACAAAGCAGCAGGUGUCUCCUUAACCUCGGCUGUGUCCUGGUGUUUUCUUGAUUGGCUUGGGGUAAAGAGGCGGGGCGUUAGGGCACCUGGCUGGGGAGACCUCA